CUAACAAUAUUCUCUCACAAGAGCACAAGGAUCACUUCUUUACUACUUGUAACAACCUUUUUUUUUUAAAUUCCUUUUUAAUAAAUUCAUCCAGGAUGGGAACAUGCUGCUUCUAUUUACAUCUGGUUGGAGUCUACAGAUGCACCUGUUGAUUGAAGAAAACUCUCCGUGUUAAAAAAUGAACAAAGUUGCUGCCAUGAAGUCUGGUACUCUGCUACAUUUAAAGGACGGCAAGGGAGCUGUGGAGAGGAACAGACUGAGUUGUGUAGAUUUACCUCAGAGCAGUUUGACAGACGGAGAGAGAACAGAUCUGCUGCGAUGCAACAACACCUCUGAAAACAGCUCCACGAUCAAUUACAGAAGAUUUGGGUCUCGCCUGGGUGGGGUUAAAGUCCGCCACAAGAGGCAAGUGCUGCAGGACAUGGCCCGACCCCUGAAACAUUGGCUGUACAAACACCGGGACAACCCCUACCCCACCAAGACGGAGAAGGUGCUGCUAGCUCUGGGCUCACAUAUGACACUAGUGCAGGUGUCAAACUGGUUUGCAAAUGCACGGCGGAGGCUGAAGAACACAGUGAGACAGCCAGACCUGAGCUGGGCACUAAGGAUCAAACUUUACAAUAAAUACAUCCAAGGAAAUGCUGAGAGACUGAGCGUGUGCAGUGAUGAAACUCACUCAGAUGAUGAAGAUUGUCCCUUAGAAGCUCCCAUCAGACAAUCAGACUUUGGCAGAUCAUCAACCCACAAGAGUGCACUCCAGAAACAGGGCAGCGUCCUCGCUAUGGCGGACUCCGCCAACAGUUACAACAGCGUCUCACCACCAUCCAAGUACAAGAGCAGUUUACUGAACCGAUACCUGAAUGACAGCCUGCGACACAUGAUGGCAGUGAAGUCUGAUGGCGUCACCUCAACCCGCAGGGGGAGGAGCCACUCAGAGUCUUUCAGCUCCAACGAAUGUGACCGAGAUGUCGUUUCCCCGGCAUCAUCAUACGAAACAGAGGCCAACUUUGUCUACCACAUGGACACAAUGGACUAUUCUUCAACUAAAUGUGACAGUGUUCAGCAGCAGGAGAGAGUCCAGCAGAAACGGGUCGAUCAGGACUGGAGGGAGAUCCAUGCCGCUGUCGCUCUGACCAACUUGGCCCGGGGCCAGAGCUGCACAGCAGACCAGGGCUGCGUAACCAUUCCAGGCCCAGACCAAAACUUCACCAGAAAGCCUUUCUCAUUUACAAGGACGACUAUCAUAGACACCAUGUGUGUCACUGGACCCACAACUGCUCUGAGGCAGAGCUGCACCAUGGGGCCUGCUCUCACCAGCCGAAUCAUCCAGAAGUCCUCUCACAUCUCGGAGGUUCAGACUGUUAACGUGGCCCUGCCUAACACUGUGUAGGCAUUUUAUUUGAACAUCUGGUUUUAAAUCUUUUUGUAUAGUUAUACCAGAUGUUAAAGUGCCUUGCAAUUUAUGAACAGCCUCUGGUUGCUUUGUAAAGUUGAUAAACUUUGACACUUUUAAUCCUUUUUACGUUCUAAAAUGGAAAAAGUGACCGUUGAUUUUUUUUCUACACUUUUUGUAAUGUUUGUAAUUUCUCCCUGUUGCCGUCUGUUGCAGUAAGUUAUAUUAACUUCAUGAGACUGGAUGAUCAUCCAAUGCUAAAGUUGACAGCAGCUAUUUUAA